CUGCUCGCGCACAACCGCGAAGACCUUAAAGCGGCGCGAGCGAUGCUAGUCACGGGCUGAGAGGGGACAGACUCAACAGAAACACAUCUACCAAAUAUCGUCUUUUUUUCAACGGGUGAAGAGAACCACAGGGCAGCGAGCAUGUCGGUGUUAGCUCUCCAAGAAUAUGAAUUCGAGAGACAGUUUAACGAAGACGAAGCAAUCCGAUGGAUGCAGGAGAACUGGAAGAAGUCAUUUCUGUUCUCCGCGCUGUAUGCUGCCUGUAUCCUGGGGGGCCGUCAUGUCAUGAAACAAAGGGAGAAGUUUGAGUUGAGGAAACCUCUGGUGCUAUGGUCUCUCACCCUUGCUGUGUUCAGUAUAUUUGGUGCCAUCCGUACUGGAAGCUACAUGAUGUACAUUCUGAUGACGAAAGGGCUUAAACAGUCUGUCUGUGACCAGAGCUUCUACAACGGGCCAGUCAGCAAGUUCUGGGCAUAUGCCUUUGUUCUUAGUAAAGCACCUGAACUGGGUGACACUCUCUUCAUCGUCCUGAGGAAACAGAAGCUCAUCUUCCUCCACUGGUACCACCACAUUACCGUACUGCUCUACUCCUGGUACUCAUACAAAGACAUGGUGGCUGGCGGCGGAUGGUUCAUGACCAUGAACUACUUGGUCCAUGCAGUCAUGUACUCUUAUUACGCCUUGCGGGCAGCUGGCUUCAAGGUGUCUCGCAAAUUCGCCAUGUUCAUCACACUGACCCAGAUCACCCAGAUGCUGAUGGGCUGUGUGGUCAACUACCUGGUGUAUUCGUGGAUGCAGCAAGGCCAGGAGUGUCCAUCCCACAUGCAGAACAUUGUGUGGUCCUCCCUGAUGUACCUCAGCUACUUUGUGCUCUUUGUCCAGUUCUUCUUUGAAGCCUACUUCGGCAAGUCCAAAUCAUCGGCUAUGGCUCUUAGCAAGAAAAGCGAGUAGAAAAAUGCCAAAGGAUGGGCGAAAGGGAGAUGAUUGGAUAAAGAUAAGGGAGUGGGAAAUGGUGAGUGGGACCAAUGAGUUGAGGGAUGAAUGGGUUAGGAUGACAGGUUUGGCUCGGGGGCUGGGGCAUUUGGGAUAUGGUGGGGGUGGGAGGAUCAUGAAAUGGUUGGUGUUUGUGCUUGAGCAUUACUACUAAUGUGCAGAUCUAAAAAAAAAAAAAAGAAAAAACAAAAGAACCUCAUUGGAGGUGAUGUCUCUCUUGAGGAAUCCUGAGAAAGCAGCGCGACCAUGAUCAAAAGCCAUCUCAAGUUUUAAACUUCCCCGUAUCAGUAAAUACUUUUUAAAACCUAAAAUAUGUCAAAUUAAAAAAGAUUACAUCUGCCACGAGCAUCUUUAUUUAUUAUUGGGAAAAAAAAGGUACAUAUGAAGAUGGAUGGUGUCAGAAUUAACGUGACCCAUCUGAGUUUUUGUCUGUUAGUGUUUAUUGUUUUGGUUUAAUCUGUAAAAGAUAAAGUUGGAGACACUGGUGAGUGAGUGAAGCUGAAGUGCUUGUGGUCUGAGUAAACUGAUGGGGUGAACAGCACUGAAUCGUCUUUGUCUUACAUUGUGAAAUGUAGUAAUUUUCUCAGGUCUUAGGCCAUGUUUCACUUAAUAUUAUAUGCAUAUCAAAAAAAACAAAACAAAACAAACAUGUUCAACACCUGCUCCAGUUUACAGUAUGGCUGAAUUUCUUCCAGAAUGGCUGAUAAUUGAAAAAAUAAAAAAGUAUGAAUGACAGAACAAGGCUGAUUGGAAUGACAGACUAAGAUGAACAUACUGCACCUGGCCUUGGUUGGAAACGGAUGCUGUCAGUGCUCUGCUUCACCUCUCUUCUUGUGCUUGCAGAAGUUGCCGACCACACUUUGGGAAAUUGCCAUUGAAUUUCUAACACAUUUGUGUUAAAGGGUCCCUACCAGUUUGUUGGACACUGAAUGCAUAAAUGAAAGGCAAACAUAUUCGUGUUUUGCACAUGGAAAAAAAAAAAAAAAAAAAAAUCCAACAUACAAAUUGUCAAAAUCUGCUGUAUUGAAAAAUAGUAUGUAUCCUUACUGGUGUCUGUUGUGCUAUUGUGCAUUUGCGCUAUUUCACUGUCAGAAAACAAUUGUUGCUGAGAAACUUAACAUGUGAACAAAGUGUGCAAAAAAAUUGACCUGUGGUGUUUAUUUUUUUUUUGUCUGUGUUCUCAUGACAUUGCUGAUAUAUUAGUUAAACAUCAGUUUCUUGGUGCUAAAAGUAACAACGCAUUUUAAUGCUGAGCUAGAAGUUUUUCUAGUUAGAGAAGGGCCAGAACAAAUUCAAUUCAAGAUAGCCAACAUACUGUCCACCAACCAAAUCACUAAAGUCAGUGUGUGUCAGUGUUGGAUACAGGUUGUUGGUAAAUGACUGAUGACUAAAGAAUAAUUUGAAGUAAUGAGCUUCUAAAAGUAAAAAGAAGAAAGAGUCCUCACUUUUUCACUUUACCUCCCUCUAGUGGUGUUUUGUGCAAUAAAGCUUUAGACUAAUUCAUCCAUCCAUUCAUUAAGACCUUUCAAAGAACUUGCAUUCUGUGUUGUAAUAAACUAGUUUCUUUCUUUC